GAAGACGUCAACACGCACGCGCCUCAAAAGGAACAAAAAUCAACGCACGAAGAAGGGAACAGAGAAGACAGCCCAAGGCAGAAGCAAGGGGAAAGAGAGAGCAUAGUUGAGCAGUGGUCGCAAAAGCAAUCAUCAUGAACUUGUUCCGGCUAGCUGGGGACAUGACGCACCUUCUCAGUAUAGUGGUCCUUCUUCUCAAGAUCCGCAAAAUGAAAUCUUGUGCUGGAAUUUCACUGAAGACUCAAGAACUGUAUGCUAUAGUUUUUCUCACUCGGUACCUCGAUUUGUUUUCCAAGUAUUACUCUAUAUACAAUGCUGCAAUGAAGCUAGUAUUCAUUGGGACUUCAGUUGCAAUUGUCUGGUACAUGCGAUACCAUAAAGUUGUGAAACAAACCUAUAGCAAGGAUGAAGAUACUUUUAGACAUUACAUUCUGAUACUCCUGUGCUUUGUGCUAGCCCUUUUGAUUCAUCGUUCCUUUGAUGUGAUUGAGGUUUUGUGGGCAUUUUCAAUUUAUCUUGAAGCAGUAGCUAUCUUACCCCAAUUGUUAUUGCUACAACGAUCAAGGAACAUUGACAACUUGACUGUCAACUAUGUUUUCCUUCUUGGUGCUUACCGAGCUUUGUAUAUCGUCAAUUGGAUUUAUCGAUUCUUUGUAGAGGGAAUUAAUUUCCGCUGGAUACCGUGGAUUUCAGGCUUUGUUCAGACUGCUCUCUUUGCUGACUUUUUCUACUACUACAUAAAGAGUUGGAAGAAUCGCGAGCAACUUAAACUCCCUGAAUGAAGCUGUAGUUAAAGUUACACUCACUGCCUUAAAAUGCAAGAGUUAAAAAUUCAAACCUGACACCCUGUCUUUUAAAAGUUUUCAAUUAGCGAAAAGAAAAUGAGCAGAAGUUCAUCCCAUAUUCCCAUGGUCGGGAGUUGUAGAUGACAUAUUUCUGAUUCGGUAGAGAGGAUUUAGUUGUGGUUCCAAUUUCUUAUCUCAUCCAUCAAGCUUAGUGGUUAAUGCAAGUAUGCAACUAUAAAAGAGGCACAAAUAAACUUGUCUUUUUGUUGAUGGGAGACCUACGGGCUUUUUCUUUUGUAAGCAGACUUAGAAAAUUCAGUCCUACCAGGUGAAUGUGUUUUAAAUGAAUGCAUUUAGGUGCUGUAAUUUUCAACCUCGACAGCGUACAUCGUAAUUUGUGCAACUCCUGUUGAUUCUGAA